GUCAUGCUUGGCCUCGGACAUCACAGCAAGCUGCCGAAAGACCUCCCGGAACGGCCAGUCGACAUGGCUCGUCGAGGAAGAAGCAAACAGAUGACUCUCUCAAUCAAUGUCAUGAAUCUAGUAGACAGCAAGAGGUUGAGGAGAAUAGAAAUGAUGAGCCAGGUGGUGAAAGUGGUCAUGCAGACAGUGGCCGAGAGGUAGAAGUUAAUGAAAGAGGUUGCUCUCCUUCACUCUCCAGGGAAGAUAUGGAUGGUUCUGACUGGGAAGAUGGCUCGGCUCAAGUCAUGGAAUUCAGGGAAAGCUGUGUUAAUGGGGUGACUGUUGAAUUUUCUCACUCUCCUGAUUUGGUUCAACGAAAGCCUCCUUGUCGAGCCUCCGCUGAAGAGAAGGAAUUGGCUGAACUGCAGCAUAAAGUUCAUUUACUUUGUUUGCUAGCACGCGGGAGGUUAAUCGACAGAGCUUGUGAUGAUCCUCUUAUUCAGGCUUCUUUACUUUCCCUUCUACCGAGAAACUUGAUGGAGAACAUAUUAGACAAAAAAAAAGUUACCAAGAUGACUUUAUCACGUCUUGUGUAUUGGUUUCGUAGCUUCUUCAGAGUUAGGGAAUCAACAAGUGCCGAGAAAUCUUUUGAUUAUGCUUUGGCACAUGCUCUUGAAACUCAAGAAGGGACUUCGGAAGAGAUUGCUGCAUUAACUGUUGCAUUGUUUAGAGCUCUGAAAUUUACAGCCCGGUUUGUUUCUGUAUUGGAUGUCAUCUCUUUAAAACCAGAACGUACUGAAUCUGAUGCUCCUGAAAAGGUUCAAAAAGCGAAUAAGGGAAUGUUUGAUUCUCCAACACCUAUGGUUGCUAAGCCUAAUGAAGUUUCUACAUCUGCUGUUGGAUCGGUUUUAUCCAAGGAGGAAAGAGUUGACUCUGGAAUUUCUGACGAUCUUUCACAUCAAACUUGCAUGGAGAUAGCCGAAAUGAGUGAUGCGAAAACUUCUGCGGGAUCCAAAAGUAAAGGGGAAGUUGAGUUUGAGAUGCAGUUGGAAAUGGCUCUCUUAGCAACAGCUUUCAAAGGGCGCGAGAAUAAUGCUGAGCCAGGGAUUGGUGACUCAUCCUUUCUGCCGAAAAGAUUGAAAAGACUUCGAGGUGAAAAAGAUCCAGCUUCAUCCCAGGAAUUGCCGGCUUCGUCCGAGGUAAUUUCAACAGCAGUUGGAGCAAGCAAAGUUGGCUGUCCUCUCUAUUGGGCCGAGGUCUAUUGCAGUAGGGAGAAGUCAACUGGAAAAUGGAUGCAUGUUGAUGCUGUCAACAAUUUUAUCGAUGGGGAGCAUAAAGUAGAAGCAGUUGCCUUUGCAUGCAAGAAAUCUUUGAGAUAUGUAAUUGCUUUUGCUGGUAAUGGGGCGAAAGAUGUAACUCGCAGGUAUUGUCUGAGAUGGCAUAGAAUAACAUCGCAACGUGUGGAUUCAGUUUGGUGGAAUGCAGUGUUGGCACCACUAAGGGAAUUGGGGUUAGGGGCAACCGAAGGAGAUAUAUACUUGCCUGGAGAGGCAGCAGAAUCACGUGCAAUCUUGGAUUUACCUCCAGAACCACAUCGGGAAGUGGAAUUAAGAGCAAGUAGAGGAUAUAUCUAUUCACCUGAAAAGGCAGUCUCAGGUUUGUCUGAGCACGAUUGGGAGAGAAUUGAUCGAGAAUGUCGUCGAGAAAGUUCUGUUGUAAUGACAAGAAGCUCUCUUGAAGAUAACGAGUUGGAGACCAGGGCAUUAAGUGAGCCUCUUCCAACCAAUCAACAGGCUUAUAGAAACCAUCAGCUAUAUGCUAUUGAAAGAUGGCUUACUAAGUAUCAAAUAAUUUAUCCAAAGGAUCCACUUUUGGGAUUCUGUUCUGGUUAUCCUGUUUAUCCUCGGGCUUCUGUGCAAACACUCAAGACCAAAGAAAAAUGGCUGCGUGAAGGCUUACAAACUAAGGAUGAUCAGCUGCCUGCAAAGGUGUUGAAGCGAUCUAGAAAGGUUAACAGAGGGAAAAAUCAGGAGUCUGAUGAAUUUCUAGAAGAUGAUUCUGAAGGAAAUAUAGAACUAUAUGGCAAAUGGCAAACUGAACCUUUGCAACUCCCUCCUGCGGUAAAUGGGAUAGUUCCUAAGAAUGAGCGGGGCCAAGUGGAUGUCUGGUCUGAUAAAUGCCUCCCACCAGGGACCGUGCACUUGAGGCUGCCGAGGAUAUUUGCUGUGGCGAAGAGGUUAGAAAUCGAUUAUGCACCAGCUAUGGUUGGCUUUGAAUUCAGAAAUGGGCGAGCAAUGCCCCUUUUUGAGGGAAUUGUGGUGUGCUCUGAGUUCAAGGAUGUAAUAUUGGAGGCAUAUGCAGAAGGAGAGGAGAGAAGAAGGGCUGAAGAAAGGAAAAGGAAUGAAGCAGAAGCUAUUUCUCGGUGGUAUCAGCUUCUCUCAUCCAUUGUAACUCGGCAAAGGUUGAACAAUCGCUACGGCAAGGAUGGUUUGCUGUCAAUGCAGUCCGGUGACUCUGCAAAGACAAAGGGAGGGUCAAGUACAUGCAUUAUCAGGAAUGUGACCGAGACUUCUGGGUCCGAGCAACCAAAUACAUAUAUCGAUACUUCAUCGGUGGCACAAACAGGAGACCAUGAGCAUGAAUUCUUGAAAGAAGACGAAAGCUUUGAUGAGGAAAGCUCGCUGAGGACCAAACGAUGCCGGUGUGGAUUCUCGGUUCAGGUGGAGGAACUGUAAAAUCAUCAAAGGUUUUGUUGUGAUGUGCAACUUAAUGUUCGGGUUCUUUAGUACUCGUACAGUAUGACAUGCAAGCGAUUAUAGGCAAAUGUACUUCUAUUUUCGUGUUUGUUUUGCUUCUAUUUUCCGCACUUGAGAAAGGCUCUUGGUGCGAAGUAUCGGUACAUUGCUGCUUGGAGAUUUUGGUAGAAAGAAAUAACUGUCCAGCAGAUGCUCUCAGUUGGGCAAUUCUAGCUCCAUUCAGAGUUUGAGGUUCAUUGAGUUUUCGUUUAUGGACAGCUUUCCUGUUCUACUAAGAUCACUUGUACUAUUAUAGAUAUUGACACCGA